AUGACAUUUUAUUGGGGCAAAGACAUGACUCUUCUAGUCGACUCAUGGAAGAUUCAGUCCACCAUCGCUUACCUUCUCACUUUACUCGCCUGCUUCCUCUUCUCCGCUCUCUAUCAGUACCUCGAAGAUCGGCGCAUCAGAUUCAAAUCUCCAACGAUCCACGCUCGAUUUGCGACUUCCCUCCUAUUUGGUGUGAAUUCGGCCAUGGGUUACCUUAUAAUGCUGUCGGUUAUGUCCUUCAACGGCGCCGUUUUUGUUGCCAUCGUUUUUGGGCUCUCCACUGGUUAUUUUUUAUUUAGUGCUGCAAAUGAAUAUGUAGUAGUUGUUGAUAAUCCCUGCGCUUCUGCUUGA